UGACAAACAAUUUAGCACUUUUUACAACAUAUGAAUACAUAGUACUUAUAUUGUCAUAAAAAGUACCAAAAAAACAUCUGAAAUAUUGGGGUUUGUAUUGAGAAAACAAUUGUUGUUUUUUUGCAGACAUUUUGGUGUCAUUUGUAAAAAAAUCUUUGAAUUGGUGUUUGAUUUGAUACUUCUUGUGGCAAAAAACAAACAAUCAAAUAGUCAUCAAUCAAGACAUGGUUCGGGUCACUGGUGUUCUCAGACAAUGGAUCAAACACAAGCCGUUCCGUAAGUGGUAUUACAAUCUUCAGGGAUAUAAUAAAUUCGGUCUCUACCAAAACGACUUCUUGUGUUUGGGUGUCUAUACCUUUCAUCCAUCUGACGAACCACUCUAUGACGAAGCUUUGCGUCGACUGCCGCCCGAUGAGUACGACCAGUAUGUCUAUCGAAACAUUCGUAGCCAACAGUUGGAGAUAACCAAAGCAGCGGUUCCACUGAAUGAAAGACCCACUUUUGAAGAGGAUGAAACCAAAGGCCGAUUUCUUGAGCCGUAUAUUAGAGAGAUUUUAAAAGAAAAGAAAGAGAAGGAACAGUGGCAGGAGUUCCUGAUGAGCAAGUGAUGGGGCUAUCAUUUGGUGGUCAUCUCUAUCCAGAUAUAAUUGUUUUCAAAUUAUUGGUUUUGUUGUUUCAUUACAAAAAUUAAUUAAUUAGAGUUAAAUUUAGUUGUAAAGUGUCUUCAAUUUUAUUUUAGUCUAAAUUAUAAUAAUAAAAAUAUAGAUUAAAUAAAUAAAUAAAACGUUUUAA